GGCUACUCGGAGACUCUCUUAUCCGGGAAACUCGAAACAUUUAUUAUCCAUUAGACGUGAAAGGGUCAACUUUACACGCAGCGGUUUGAAUGACAAUAAAAAAAAACGAAAUGCCGUAACCGCUAAGCAUUCGCGAACCGAACUGACGGUGAUGGCUAAUAAAAAUCUCGCCGGCGCGCCAUCGAAAGUAAGCUUCCUCGAUUCAUCGCCGGCUCACCGGCACGUGUUUGACCACGUGUCGGCCUAUAUCGCGUAGUCGCAGCACGGAAUCGUUCCUUAUCCUCGCCGCGAUUGUGUACGUGCGCGUGCCUCGCUAAUGAGAUAUAACUUUGCUCACAAGUGCGUGCGCGCGCCAUAAGACGCGGAGAAAGGUUUGUGUUUGUCAUUCGCUUCUGCCGUUGUCGCCAUUCCUGGAAUGGUGGAAUCGCGCUCCCUCGAUUACGAACGUUCACCGAGGGGAGUCGUCGGGCACAUUCGCGUAAUUUAUUAUUGCAUCCGCGCGAGGGUCUUUCACGGGGCGCGAUGACGAUUCGAGCGACUCGAUUAUUCGUUACGAAAAUGGUCCAUCGUUUUGCGCGCGCGCUGCAUCUCGCUUGAGAAUCUCGCAACGAGACCAGCAUCGUACAAUUUCUUUCUCUCUCUCUCUCUCUCUGCCGGAAAUAAAAAGUGCACUGUCGCGCUCAAAAGCAUCAUAUCUUUAAUUUGCAGGCGACGCAGCAUCGCGUUUCCACCGCUUCCGCUGAAACAGGAUCACAAUGAUAGCCUUUAUUAUCCUGAGCGUGUCGCUCGUGCUUCUUGUCUACGUCUUCUUUUAUAAAAAUCGCAAACUUCGACUUCCGCCGGGACCCUGCGGGAUCCCACUGCUCGGUUAUCUACCAUGGCUAGACCCCGUCCGUCCUCACGUGUCGCUGACGGAACUGGCGAGGAAAUAUGGCCCGGUUUGUGGUCUACGGAUGGGUUCUGUGUACACCGUAUUGUUAUCGGAUCCACAGCUGGUAAGGCAGACCUUUGCCAAGGAUGCGUUUGCCGGCCGGGCGCCAUUGUACCUGACGCACGGAAUAAUGAAGGGAUACGGCCUCAUUUGCGCCGAAGGUGACCGUUGGCGAGCGCAAAGAAGAUUUGUGACCGGAUGCCUGAAAAAUUUCGGCAUGACGAAAUUACCCGGUGCCAGGAGGGACAAUAUGGAACAAAGAAUCGUCGCGGCCGUGAACGAGUGCACGUCGAAAUUUAAAAAGCGUACCAUGGAAGACGGUAUCGAUCCGCUCGAGACACUUCAUCAUUGCGUGGGUAACAUGAUGAACGACCUCGUGUUCGGUAAAGUUUACAAGGAGGACGACGAGUUGUGGAAAUGGUUAAGACAUAUGCAAGAGGAAGGAGUUAAGCAUAUUGGAGUCGCAGGGCCGCUCAACUUUUUGCCAUUUCUCAGAUUUUUGCCACGAUACGGCAAAGUGAUGGAGCUGCUUGUCGAUGGCCAAUUAAAAACGCAUCAAGUAUAUCAAAAGAUUAUCGACGAGCAUCGCGCUCGACGCGAGAAAACAGAUAAUUUCCUUGCGGCUUUCGACGAGGCGAUGAGUACCAAUGCGGAUAAUGGAUACUUCACACAGCCGCAAUUUUAUCAUCUGCUAGCCGAUCUUUUUGGCGCAGGCACCGACACAACUCUUACGACAUUUCGCUGGUUCCUGCUCUUUAUGGCAGCAUAUCCGGACGAGCAAAAAAAAAUUCAGGCUGAAAUGGACGAGCUGUUGGGUCAAAAGCCACCCACUUUGGAAGACAGGCCACUUUUAAUUCGACUGGAAGCGGCCAUUGUAGAGACGCAAAGAUUGCGAAGCGUAGUGCCGGUUGGCAUCCCUCAUGGAACGAUAGAGGAUACUCAGAUAGGCGAUUACGAUAUACCAAAGAAUACCAUGGUCGUUCCAUUACAAUGGGCCAUUCACACGGAUCCGUUAUACUGGCACGAGCCCCAUUUAUUCAAACCUGAGAGAUUUAUUACCGAGGACGGAAACCUCGGAAAACCAAAAGCCUUUUUGCCGUAUCAAGCAGGCAAACGUAUGUGCGUCGGUGACGAACUAGCCAAGAUGAUAUUGUUUCUGUUCGCCGCAAGAUUUCUUCAUUCAUUCGUUAUCUCCGUACCAUCCGGUACUCGUAUCGAUCUCGAGGGCGAGUGUGGAAUUACCCUGGUACCGAAACCGCACCGCUUGAUUUUUACACCGCGGGACUAAGUCUAUGUACACCCGCAACAAUGUUUUUUAUGUGUAUGACGUUACACGGACAGGGUCAUUUAGAAAGGUCUCAGCAUGAAGAAGAAAAAUAGCUCGUAUAUCUUUUAUAAUUACUUCUAUUAUAAUGCCAUAAAAUAAACGAAUAGAGUUAAAUCAGGAUCAUUAUGUACAAAUCAAAUAAGAAACGAGAACGCUAAUUUUUAGGUCUGAGCAAGAUGUAGGUAGCCCAAUAAUUUUAAUCUAAUAUGUGAAUGUAUUGGAUGCUACGUAUAGCAUUUUUAAAUCAUUAAAAAU